AAACAUGGCGAAAACAAUAGGGCCCUGCACCUCCGGUGCAUGCGCCCUCCGGUUUGCACCGGGGGCGUGGCACUUUUGGUGCUGGGGCCCUAAUAAUAAUAAUAAUAAUAAUAAUAAUAAUAAUAAUAACAACAACAAUCACGCGACAUAUUCCUGGCCUCGCCUUAAACACCUGUUGAACAGGUAGAAAGCUCUGCGCAUGCGCAGCUGCAGUCUUACCCAAACAUGGACGAGUCGAAACUUUAAUCCAAAACUUCCCUCUGUGGAUAUUUUCAAAACAUUCCUUUACACUUAACUGCAGUACUAAAAUGGAUUUAAUACGACGACAAAGGACUUCUUCCGGAAGUGGAAUGUAUUUAGUUUUAUUUCUCAGCCUCGUUUUGCAGUCAGGCCCGGCGUCUUGUAUAAAGGUGACCGCUCCGGAGGAGAUAAACGCAGUACAGGGCGAGAUGGUAACCCUGUCCUGCCAGUUCACCUCGACUCAUCGCCCGACCAGCCGAAUAUCCAUCGACUGGUCCUUCAGACCUCAGAGCGGAGGCCCUUCCCAAGUCUUCUUCCACUUCUACUUGCUGGCGUACCCUCCGAAGGAAGGGCACUUCAAUGGGCGCGUGCAGUGGCAUGGUGACCCGGCGCGAGGUGACGCGACGAUCCGGCUCCUGAACGCAUCACUGCACGAUAACGGCACUUACAGCUGCGUCGUUCGCAACCCGCCCGACUUCCAGGGUCCCCCUUCAAACACCAUCCUCACCGUCAGCCUCAAGAAAGCAAGUGUGCACUUUUCGGACAUCGCUGUGCUGCUGUUCUUCGUCCUCCUGCCGUCAUCGCUGAUAGCACUGGUCUUGUUAGCGAGAAUGCUCUGUCCUUGUUGCUCUCCACGGGUCAAGAGCUCGCAUCUCGGCCAUCACUCGCCCAUAGAGGUCACUGAUGGGGAAGAAAUGCUCCCAUACAGUAAGGAAUGCGGAUACCAUCACCCCUCACCAAAUCAGAAGCCUCCCAUGUGCUGUGAAAUGUAUAUGAAGGACUCCGAUGAAGAAUGCCGCAGAUAUUUCGAGAAGCAACAAAGCAAUACAAUACAACCACAGGCUGAGUCGCAGUGUUAGAUCUGACACGACGCGCUGGUGGAAAAACAGGCAAAAACUUCUCAGUGCAGACAUCUUCAUUUACUAUCAUUUACUACAAAAACAAAUGCUUUCCAGCUGGUCUGAUCUGAGCUGAACUGAACUGAUCCAAACUCAGUUUUAACAGAGUUCCUUCAGCUUGCGGUCUAUAGGAUUCUUGCUAGCUUGAUUGAUUUAGCGCUACAUUUCUUCCUGUUAGCUUUAACAACCUCAGUUCAGAAUGUUCUAGAAAAGCUAGUCACUGUUACUCCAACUACACAACCAACACCAGCCAUUAAAACACAAUAACGCUAGGCAUGAAGUUAGCAAAAGCAACCUUGUGUCGCUAGUUCACUGGUAGCAUUUUAGAUAUUCCUAAUUUGAGAUGGAAUUCACAUUCGUUUUGAAACUGUGAGACCAUGCACAAAUGCUAAUGUGGCUAAUGUAGGGAUUCUCACCGUGCUUAGCCAUGUUAGCAUCGCUGAGUGAAGUAUUUCUUGUCACAUUUGUCAUUUGUAAUAUCACUACAACUGUUGCUAAUUUACUAUCGUAUUGUGCUAAAAAGCAGUUUGCUUUCUCUUGAUGGUUAGCAUCAAAUAUUUCUUGUCUGAAAAACUGACUUCCUGAGCCUGUAGAUCUCAGGCGUGCUAAAGAUUUCUAACACUAAUCCGAGCAACUUUAUCCAUACUAAAGGAGCUGAGUCAUGCUAAUUGAGGCUACAUGGUACAGUUUCUGAUUAGCAAUAUCAGCGUAAAGUAUUUAUUAACGGUAUUACUGGUUACACUAGCUAUAGCAAACGGAAGCUGCAGACUCUAGUGGCCAUCUUUCAAGGUUUAUGGAAGAUGAAUAGGUUUUGAACUAAACUAUAGAGGAGGCUGUUAGGCGCCCUUUAGCUAAAGAAAAAAAAUAAAGUAGCGCUCGCUAAGGUGUUGUAUUUGUAUAAAACUAACUUAGCCCUGCUGAUUUAGAAGGAUUUUUAGGACUGCUGGAAUUUUCUAGAAUAAAGGUAUGCCUUAGAUUUGGACUGGAGCUAUGUAGCUAAUGAAGUCUGUAGAAAAUAUACAGUUUAAAAAGGACAAUUUAAAAUAAACCAGUAAAUACAUUUCUAAACUAUCAGGAACAGUUCAUAUUUAGAAAUUGAAGUGGAUUGAUUUCAUCUACAGUUUUUCAUCUUUUUUUUUUUUUUUGGUGUGUGUUAUUUCACAUUAUUGCACAUUGUUUACAAGAGCGUCAACCUGCUGCUUUGUACCAUUUGCGUUUUUUAACAGGAAAUAGAUCCAGCCCUCUGCACAUACUCCGGCAUCAUUCACUAAAUGAAAAUUGAAUGGAUUUUUUUUUUUUUUUUUUUAAAUGAUCAUCUCUAUAUGGACAUAUAUUUCUGUACUAUUAUGAAAUGCACAAUCGCAGAUGCUCUUGUAAGAUUGAAAAGCAACAGCCCAGGUUUGUUGUGUAUUUAUUUGAGGAUGUAAAAGUGUGUGAUCUUGUAACUAUAUUGUAUAAUAAAAAAAAAAUUCAUAAAUAAAAUAUGUACAUAGUUCCAAGCUCUCGUUUUUACAUCGAGUAUGAAAUUGAUUCACUGAUAUUAUGUUCAUUUCAAGUAAAGAGAUCCUUUUCAGAUCAUUACACAUUUAGUUGUGUUAAUUGUCCCACCAUGUGUUUUAAAAAAUCUUGUUUUGAAGCAGAAAUAAUAAUGUCUUUAAUGCAAUUUCAGUUUGUGAUUACAUCCGAGCACUGUUGAAAUCUAAAAUCUGACUGGUGUUUAAUGUUAACGUUACAGAAAAUGAACGCGUGUGUUCUGAUUACAUUACCGGCGGACGUUCCGCUAAUAAUAAACGGAUUUACAAACCGUACUUUGUAACAGUGGUUAAGUUUUACGACAUUUUCAGAUUUCUCAGUAACACCACAAGCUGCGUUUUUGUUUAUCGCUGCUGUAACGUAAGCGAUCAACUAACUUGUUAAACUUAUGGAUGUUGUGGCCUGUCCAGCAUUUAUUUAUUUAUUAGUUCUCUUGAAAAACUUUAGUAGCUAUAUGUAGCUUCUAAGCAGAAUUUCACGAUCGUGGAAAUGAACAAAAGAAUCUAGAAAGCUCUGCGAUAUUCUGAGGACCUUUGGCCGAGACGCGUCUUGUGACGUCAUCAGCCAAAGCUCUCUUCGAUUCACUUGUGCUGAACAUGAGUACAGUUGAAAGGUCUCAUUUACCAACAAACACCACUAUGAAAGACCGUGCAAAACAAAUUUCAUGGAAUUGUGAUUUUUAAACUAUUAUUGUUGUCUCUCAGUAUUGUAUUCUCACAGUGUUUAAUAUUGUUUUGCUUAACUAAGAUGGAUACAUCACUGAUAUGUGCUAUAUGUUUUGAUUAUU